AUGAAGUUCACCACCAUCCUCGCUCUUGCCACCACUGCUCUCGCCUACACCAGGCCCAAGGCAAACGAGUACAAGAACUCGGACUGCUCCAACCAAAACUACGGCCACAACUCCUUCUUCCUCAAGGACGUCACCAUGGACGACACCACCAAGUCGGUCUACCUCACCGACGGUCGCACGCUCGAGGGCAUCCCCAAGGGCUGGUUCGGCUACUCGGACAAGACUGGAAACGGAGGCGACUGCAAGGGCGAGAGACUCGGAAGGUUGCCGGAGAAGUGCGUCAAUAUCGAUACUCUGGCUUAUAAGAGGAUCAAGUGUGUUAGGUCUGAGGUUCUUUAA